AUGUUUGAGUUUCUGGGCAUGCACCCGAUCGCGCCAGAGUGUCAUCCGGGAUCACCCGCCGGCUCGACCGGUCGCGCGGCUCACGACCUGUGCCGUGAAAAGAUUCUGCAGGUCUGGCUCGCGCGCAUGACUGACCUCGGCGUGAGCAGUACGUCUGUCGAUCCCGACCGGGCGGACGAUGUUGGACUUGCGCACGCCGUGGCGGAUGCGUUGCUUGAUGGACGGACUCGCGUUGACUACGUUGAUAACGUUCUGCCUGUGCUUCGGCCUCCGCGGCCCUCGAGGUUCAGCUUCAAUGCCAAGGCUGCUUCGAGCGAGCAGGAGCUGAACAGUGUCUGCCCUAUAGCAUGGAUGGACUGA